AUGGAUCAGAUCAAAACGAGGAUUACUCUGUUGGUUACUGUGAUGUGGAUCAUGUCUUUUACGGUCUGUGUGAUCGCGACUAGCUCACAAGGUAAACAAAUUCCUUAGCCUGUUUUAUCAAGAAUGCAGAAAUAUAAAAACCUUUUCAUGUUUGUUUGCUUUCUCUCGUGCAGAUGUCAUGCUGAUUUGCUUCAGUUAAGAAUAACUUAACAUGUCGUUUAUCUCUUUCACACGCAAACUGGUCAGACGAUCCAUUAAAGCUUCACUAGAAUUCUGACACAUAUGCUGACAAGGAGCCCCUGUCAGCAGCAAUUUUAACUAAGCCUUGAAGCGGAAGGCCUUCAAGUCCAUUAAAGACAAUAUUUAAAGGUCUUCUUUCCAGUCUCUUCCCGGAUAUUCGUAAUUAAAACUCAAUGGUUGCGUGAUAAGAUUUACUUUAAUAAUUUCAGCCAUUUAGAUUUUAAUUAAGUCGAAAGGGAUAUUUAUUACCUCUGAAAAAUGAUUCAGAGCGAUUUGGAUGAAUUUACACGAACGCAAAUAAUUUUUUCAUGAAGCCUUUAAUUAAUUCAUUGUCGUUCGUCUAGAACCAAAGAUCAUCAAAGAACCAUGUUGACAUAAAUAAACGAAAAUAGCCAAGAGAAAUUACUUCUUUGAGAAGUUAUCCCAUGCAGUUAUGGUUGAUCCGCACAUUUUGAAAAAACUUGCAGGAAAAAGUCAGUCUAGAAACUUGAUUCCUGUGGUGUGAUUUUUUCAACUAACAUUGCAGACAGGUCAACGUUCGCCAUGGGGCGGAGGUGCUCACUUGAACAACUUAAAUUUUCUAAAUACAUUUUUCCUGUCACUAAGUCGAGGCGGGAGAAUCUGACUAAAGCGCUUUCUAAUGUUGUUUGUUACUGUGUAUAACUCAGCAUAUUUUCAUUAGUCGCGAAAAUUCUGUCUUGGUCGCUCACGGGAAUUAAAGGUUUAAGGACACGUUUAGGUCUGUGUUAGCAAAGAGUGGGUGCCUUUUUUAUAAUGUGACGAUGUAGUUCGAGUAGGUCGGACCUCCUCCGUUUGGCCUCUGUUUGGUGGAGGAGAACUGGGAAACCCUAGUGAAUUAAAUAAGAUUUAAAUUAAAGAUCACGUUGAAUGAUAUUUGAAAAUUAAAUAGAGCAUGAAUUUAGAGAGCAAUCGUCCUUUCAUUCAUGAUGAUACCAGAUUUUUUAAUCAGUUUUGACGAUUAUUAUAGUGGAAAAUUGGAUUGGACACUUAUAAACAAGCUAUUUACUCGUGUAUUUAGAUGUAGAUCGUAGCUUAUGCUGCUUACGCUUGUCUUGCUUAGCUUUUGGCGCCUUUCGCGUUGUGUACCAAAAAGCAUUUCUCACUCUGUACUUAUAACUAUCUGUUAAAAAAGUUAAAGGUUAUUUAUGAUAAAGACUCAACAGAAGUUUAGAUAACAUUAUCAUCUCGUUUUUCCUUAUCAGCAACAUCGUCGUCGCCAUCUGCGUCAGCUUCAACAUCGCCGCCAACUCCUACAACACCUAUAGUAUUACUACCGACAUCACCUGCAGCGUCAGGAUCACCUCAACCAUCAGUAUCAGGGUCGACAUCAAAACUAGCGGCAUCAAAAUCAAUGUCCUCAUCCUCAGGAUCGCAUCACCACCAUCACCGUCAGUGGCAAAACAUCAUUUAAACCGCCAACCAGCAAUCUUUCUCAUCCCAACCAUUAGGGUCAGUGGAUUUAACGGCAUCAUUAUUCUCAUCAUCAGCUGAACAUUCAGCACUGGCAUCGACAUCACCAGCAGCGUCAGGAUCACCUCAACCAUUAGGGUCAGCAACAACAUCCGCGGAUCAUCACCUGAACAUCUAUAGCAUCUUUACCGACAUCACCAGCAGUGUCAGGAUCACCUCAACCAUCAGGGUCAGCAACAACAUCAUCGCUAGUGGAAUCAACACUAUUUUCAUCAUCACCUGAAUCUUCAGCAUCGGCAUCAGCCAAAGCAUCGAAAUCACUGGCACAAACAUCUAUAGCAUUACUACCGACAUCACCAAUGUCCUCAUCCUCAGCCAAAGCAUCGACAUCAGCACCAGCAUUACCAUCAGCAGCACAAACAUUUAUAGCAUUACUACUGACAGUACCAGCAGUGUCAGGAUCACGUCAACCAUCAGGGUCGGCAACAACAUCACCGGCAGUGGAAUCAACACUAUUCUCAUCAUCGCAUGAACCUUCAGCAUCGGCAUCAACAUCUCCAUCACCAACACCAUCAUCAAAGUCAGAAUCACCACAACGGCCAACUUCACCAUUAUCAAAGUCAGAUUUACCACAAUCGCAAUCAACACAACCAGCACCAUUGUCCACGGAACCACCAGAAUCACAAUCAACGUCUCUAUUGCGAACACCAGUUGCAUUAGGGUCAUCAUCAUCAGAACAAGAGUCUCAAUCGAUAUCAGCAUUAGCAUCAAACCAGUCAUCACCACUAUCAUUACUAACGCAAUCAAAAUCAUUACCGCAACCACCGCCGUCCACAACCUCAUCAGCAUCACAGCCACCAUCAUCACUGGCUCUAGCAUCACCACUCACAUCAGUAUCAGAAUCAACCCAAGUAUCGCCGCCACCAUCAGCGCCAGUGUCAACAGUGCCAUCACCAUUGACACCACUGCCACCAUCCCUCUCGUCAUCAUUAAUGCCUGUAUCGCCAGAGCCAUCAGAUUUUCCGUCACCGUUACCAUCAGCAGCACCACCAAAGUCUCCAUCAACUUCUCCACUUACUCCAUCACCGCAAUCCCCAUCACUUCCACAGUCACCAUCAGCACUGCAACCACCCUCAUCGUCACCACCAGUAUCACCAAUCCAGUCAACACAAUCUUUAGCUGUAACACAAUCUAAUGACAAUGUGACACAAUCUUUAGCUGUAACACAAUCUUUACCAUCCUCGUCGAUAGCAUCAACAGGUUCGACAAAACAAACUGUAUCGACGACAACAAAAACAGUUACAAGCACAGUGUCUACGUCAUCGACGUCGCAACCACCUACUACAUCGUCAAUAGGUAACAUAGUAAAUAAGUAAACCAUCCAUACCUCAUGAUUACAGCACAAUAUUAAUGCUGUAGAUCUGCUGUAUAACAUACAUAGUUCAGUUCUGUGGUGCAACAUCUACACUUCAGAUCUGUGGUCUGACAUCUGCACUUUAGAUGUGUGGUAUAAUCAUAGCGCUACCCGCUUCUUUAGUUUAUACUAACAUCCGUUAUGUUACGGGACUUGAGGGUCACUCCUGACCAUAUGACAUAUGACUUCUGCACAUGAUUCCAAAGGGGCAAUCAUGUAUCAUGGGCUAUCUGACACUUAACGUGAAACGCGCUUAAAAUAACCCGCAGGAACAACCAUUACUGAUAAAAUUUGUUUCUUUCAUUUGUAUUAUGACUACAAUAGAAGGCGCUAAGAAAUUCGAUGGAAAAGGCAAAGUGAAUGAACUUUGGGACGACGAAUAUAAAAAUAGCAGUUCCGAUAAGUACAAAGACCUCAAGAACAGGCUGGAAACCCAUUUAAGAGAAAUUUUCGAAAAGAAAUACGGAAAGAACUUGAUCAAUCUUGAGGUGGAAAACUUCCAGAAGGGGAGUAUAAUUUUCGACUUCACAGUUAUCCUUACAUCUACGACGGAUGUUAAUGCCGACAGCCUGAAGGAGGCAAUAGAGAAAAAUGAAGGGGGCUCAAACUUCACUAUUUCCGUUGAAAGUGUAAAGCAGGUCGCUGGUCCCACACCAACAGUAACGUCGCAAUCACCCACUACAUCGUCAAAAGGUAAGAUAGUGAAUAAGUAGACCAUCCAUACUUCAUUUGUAGAAAACCAUUCGCAUCUCAUGUUUGCAGCACGAUGUUCAUACUAUAGAUCUGAUGUAUAACAUUAACAGUUCAGUUCUGUGGUAUAACAUCUACAUUCAAGGCCUAUUUGUUCAAAGACCUGGCAACGCUACCCAACAGAUGAACUGCAACCCAACAGAUAAAUGUUAGCAAAACGUCCUGUGCAAUCCACAGGAUAGAGAUUUAUUCGGUGGAUAGCGUUAUCCACCCUUCGAACAUCUGGGGCCAGAUUUUUUCGUAGAACAUCCACGCUCUAGAUCUGUGGUAUACCAUCCAUAUUUCAGAUCUGUAGUAUAACAUCCACGGUUCAGAUCUGUAAUUUAACAUCUAUACUUCGGAUCUGUAGUAUAACCUCUAUACUUCAGAUCUGGGGUAUAACGUCUAUACUUCAGAUCUGGGGUAUAACGUCUGUCCUUCAGAUCUGUGGUAUAACAUCUAUACUUCAGAUCUGUAGUAUAACAUCUAUACUUCGGAUUUGUGGUAUAACAUCUAAACUCCAGAUCUGUGGUAUAACAUCUAUAUUUCAGAUCUGUGGUAUAACAUCUAUCCUUCAGAUCUGUGAUAUGACAUCUAGACUUCAGAUCUGUGGUAUAACAUCUAUACUUCAGAUCUGUGGUAGAACAUCUACACUUUAGAUGUGUAGUAUAACAUCCAUGCUUCAGAUAUUUGGUAUAACAUUUAUAUUUAAUAUCUGUGGUAUAACAUCAAUACUUUAGAUCUGUAGUAUAAUAUUUAUAUUUCAGAUCUGUGGGAUAAUAUCCACUCUUCAAAUCUGCGGUAUAACACCCGCACUUCAGAUCUGUAGUAGAACAUCCAUUCUUCAGAUCUGUGGUGUAACAUGUAUAUUUCAGAUUUGUUGUAUUACAUCUAUACGUCAGAUCUGUGGUUUAAUCAUAGUGGGUCUUCAACGCUAUCCACUGUUGUAGUUUAUACUAACAUCCUUUAUACGUCACGGAACUUUAGGGUCACUCCAAAACAUGACUUCUUCACAUCAUUGCGUAGGGGUAAGUAUGUCAGUAGCAUUCUAUCAUUGGUUAUCUGACACUUUUCGUGAAAUGUUCUUGAAAUUACCCGUACGUUCAGCCAUUACUAAUAAAAUUUGUUUCUUUCAUUUGUACUAUGACUACAAUAGAAGGUACUAAGAAAUUCGAUGGAAGAGGCAAAAUGGAGGAGCCUAGGGACAACGAAUAUGCAAAUAGCAAUUCCGUUAAGUACAAACACCUUAAGAGCAGGUCUGAAACCCAUUGAAAAGAAAUUCUCGAAAAGAAAUACGAAGAGAAUUUACUUGAUCUUGAGGUGAAAAACUUCCAUAUGGGGAGUAUAAUUUUCGACUUCACAGUUUUCCUUACAACUACGACGGAUGUUAACGCCGACAGCCUGAAGGAGGCAAUAGAGAAAGAUAGAGAAGGCUCAAAUUUCACGAUAUCCGUUGAAAGUGUAAGGUAGGUCGCUGGUCCUACACUAACGACAAUGUGUCCAAGUGAGCAACCUGAGGCGACAUCCUCUGUGAAGGCGUGGAUUUCGGUUGUGAUCACACUUGGAAUUAUAACUCUGGUUUUGCUUGCUUUGCUGCUGUGUUUAAUCGUGAGUAACGGUUAGUCCUAUAAAAGGUUUCUCUCUAGUAAACAGGGCAAUAAUAGAAGCUUUAAGUAAGAUUUGGUGCUUCCGAUAUCAAUGAGUGGAGGAUCGUAAUUAUAAUCGUCAAUCAAAGAGAAGAAGCACUUUCAGAAGGGGUCAAUGAACACUAAAACGAGAAGAGAAAGGUCACAAUACCAGCUAUAAGCGCGAAUGAUCGCGCGAAACAAGUCACGUUAGUUUCAUUGAUCGAGAAGGCAGCGCGAACAUAGAAACAAAUCGAAAAAUGAAUAUAGAAUCCAACCAGUGCCAUCACGAAUUUCUAUUGUCACUCGGUUGAAAAUUGCUCCAUUCAGAUUUAACCAAGGGUCGCAAUAGUUAGUAUGAUUAGAACACACAGCUGUUAUUCAAUCACUUCUGACCGAUUCUCAACACUAUUCUUUGGGAAAACUUCAAUCUCCUCAGCUAAGGAGUUACAAUCAAAAAGGACUUACAGUUCUAUAUUAGUGGACUCAAUGUAAUUUCAGUUGAAGCUCAUUUCGAGCCGAAACUAAUUUCUUUGUAUUUCCUCACAAAGCUUCAAAACAGAAGAUUGAAAAAUAGUUGGAAGGCGAGAAAGGCGUCAAUUCUGCACAAUGACAACGAUCCUUUUGCACAGCCUCGUAUGUACAGCAUCGAUUCCAAAAAUAUGUACUUGCUAUCUGACAUAUCGGAUGGAAGAUGAGCAAAAAGUCAUGGCUUAGCGGUGGGUUUUUACUUUCACCGUUGUCCAGUUGUAGUGAACUUUAUUAGUGUUUGUGCAGCCUUAACAAUUAAGCCUCAUUGUUAACUUUCCCUCUAGAAAUCCGAUUUAAACUUCACUUUCUCCGAGCACCUUGGUCGCUCCAUCUUGGUCUUUCUCAUCACGUGUUUUUAUUGAAUUUUUAUCUACUCUUACGAUAUUUUUUUGGCCGGUUUCCAUGGAUUAUGAGAGAUAUUUCCUCGAUGCUUUAUUGUGGGAAACGAAGGAAAUCUUUACAUAAGGUAGAUGAAAAGACGUAUAUUACAUCGAGAAAAUGCAGAAAGAGGUAAAAUGUAAAUGUAUUGGCGGAUUUUUUCUGAUUUUUCUCUUCAGCUUCUCACCCGUUGCCUUGCUUUGUUUUCGUUACACAGACAUUUAGUGCGAAGAAUGAAGGUUAUAAUGGCCCGGAAAACGACGAUGAGAAAGCAGAGCCACAAAGCUAUGAGCCUUUGCAAGCUGACAUGAAAAGUGAUGUUUCCGAAAAGGAAGACAAAGAUGAAGAGAAUGUCCAGUUCUUACCUGCAAUUGGUUUUUAUUAG